GUGCGUGCGAACUAGUCUCGAAAGGUGAAGCUUUCCACCCGGAUUAGGGAGCCAUUGUGUAGUGCGCGCGCAAAAUUGAGUCACCUAUAUAUCGAUCGACGAGAAGGUGCAAAUCGCGUUCCAUAGCAGAUGAGCCGUUAAAUCGGACCCAAUGUUAACCGACUAACCAACCGUCGGACUUCUGCAACAUUGAUACCCCUAGGUCUGCAGACAGAACAAUCCGCUGCCGCUGCUUAGUGUCAGAGUAGUCACCUCGGUUGCAGAAUAUCAUCGCCGGUAGAAUUUCACGCUUUUUAACCUCGUACUUAAUACGGCCCGGUGCGGUGGCCGGUUUGUUCUUGUCGGGUACGGUUGAAGUUCCUAUAGAUUAAUUUUGAACACCGAUCGGACAGGUCGUGUCUUCGUAGUUUGAUGAUUGUUGCCAAUCGUGCAUCGGUACGCCGGAAAUAAGCAGUGAAAAAAAGUUCUCCGGAGAUUUGAAUUUAAUCACAAAUCAUCAACACUAAGCACCUCUAGGCGCGGUAGUGCAUUGUGAGCCGUUGGUAUCCUUUAUCAGUGGAAAAGUGUCUACGAUAGUGCAUCAAAUGAGCAAGCCUUUUACAAAAAUAUAGUGCAAUUAGUGAUAUUUGCUUGCAAUUCAGAAGUUAAUGCUGAAAUAUCAUAAUUGACGAAUAUAUCGUCUGAUUUGAACAACGGUGCCACGUUAUUAAGGGGUCCCUACGAUGCUGUCGGAGUUGGACGAGCUGCCCUCAAUCCAGCUGGGCGAUUACACCCUGCGGUUCGAACUGGAAGAUCUGACCCAGUUUGGAAAGGAUGUGGCUAUAAACGAGCUACGCGAAACACCGGAAGUCAAAGCACAUGCAGUCGAGGAACUUCGAGCGUUGCUGAAAGGUCAAGAUGAGCUGGUACUUCCCCUGGACAACGAUGACUGGUUGGUGCGGUUCCUGCGGCCAUGCAAAUUCUACCCCAAGAGUGCUCUUGAACUGAUUCAACGCUACUAUCACUUCAAAGUUAAACACUGGGACAUGUACCUGGACUUGAGCCCAUCCCGUGAGGUGAACAUUUUCAAGCAAAACAUUCUGACCGUGUUCCCCAACCGAGACCAGCUUGGACGCCGAAUCCUACUGCUCGAGCUGGGCAAACCUUGGAGGCACAAGGAAGUCACCCUGGAUGAGGUCUUCAAAGGCUGCGUCCUGUUCGUGGAAGCCGCCAUGCUUGAACCCGAAACCCAGGUCAACGGUGCGGUGGUCAUCUUCGAUAUGGACGGCCUCACCAUGCAACAGGCGUGGCAGUUCACCCCGCCCUUCGCCAAGCGUAUCGUCGACUGGUUACAGGACGCCGUCCCGCUGCGCAUCAAGGGUAUCCACAUCAUCAACCAACCAAAGAUAUUCAACGUAGUGUUUGCGUUGUUCAAGCCAAUCCUGCGGGACAAACUGCGCAAUCGUAUCGUGUUCCACGGUACCGAUCGGGAAUCGUUGCACAAGCAUAUCUCCAAGGGAUGCUUGCCGCCAUGUUACGGAGGAAACGUCGAUGCGCCACGUGUCAAGGGCGAAGAGUGGUACGAACUGUUGCUCAAGUGUGACGGCGAGUACACCGCCAUUAACAAGUACGGUUACAUAAAGCAGAUGGAUGAGCUUAGAAUCAAGAAGAACAAGAAGAAGUAAACGGAGUUAGUAAAAGGGGGCUAUUGUUGGAAGGAAGCAACAGGAGAUAACGUAUGGUGUAUAGCAUUGUAAGGCAUUUGAGUGGGAUCUAAUGCAGAAGUAAGGCUACGCGACACCGUAAAUAGAAAACGCGAACAAAAAGGUAACAGAAAUGUGAUCAAUAACCAGACUAAGAGUAAAUAAAAAAUACAAUAAGUGUUUAGUUGAUUAGACUUAUUCAGCUCUCGCAUACGUAAAUAUGAAAUGAGCUCAAACAUUCCCGUGUGCUUAGCACAUAUUAUCUACAUGCUAGGUUACAGUGAAGCUUGUUUAUUUAUUAUUAAGUCUAGUGACAAUUUGUUGUACGGCUCUCAAAAAUAACUGUGUAUAGCUAUUAGUGAGUAUUUAUACUUUACUUAAAUUCGUCGCCUACCGCUAGGGAACGGGUGUUAGAUAGGAUAGUUCCGUAAAACAGUCACGGUUAGUACUAAAAUAGCAUUAACUGUUGAAUAAUUCUGAAAAUAUGGUGUUACUUUAAAAAAGUGUUUACGGAUAAGUUUAAAACAUUACUAUUUUUUCUAGUAGCUAUUACUUUUCAAAAUUUCUAGAUUGUUGACAAUCAAAAUAGAACAAGUACUGUAUCUCUUGUAUAUAUGACAUAAAUAAAAGUUUUAUUCUAAUGUUA